AUGAUUUAAGCAUUUCAGGGAGCAUCUGAAUGUUAAAAUCUUAUCUUAAAACCAAAUGAAAAAUUUUGCGAAUUAAGAGAUAUGAAUACAUUUUUUAUUGGUUAAGAAAGCGACAACUUAACCAAUAUUAACACAAUAUAAAAGCAUGAAGACUUAGUCUAAUUCUCUAGUGGACCAAACAUAUACUUAAAAGAAGAUAAAAUUAUUUCUAUAUAGUUUAGAGCACUUAUUGAUGUGAAUGAAAUUUGUUCAUUAAUUUAUAAUCCAAAAAUAAAUAAGUAUUCAAUAAAUCUUAUUUCUACAGAAACAACUUAUAUCAUCGAUAAUAAGAUGAAACUAAACAUUAAAAGUCAGGUUAAUAUCCUUUUACAAACAGAAUCAGAUUAAAAUUGUACCUAGUUUUAUUAUAACACAAAAGGUUUGAUUAUAUUUUGCCAUUCUAUUGAUUAACUUAUACUUUACUAACUAUAAAAAGAAGGGUAAGAGUUCAAAUAAACUAUUAAACACCAAUCAGAAAUUCUUAAUUUAUCCUGCAAUUUAAAAUUUCAAUAAUUUUCUAAUCAAUUUUUUAUAAUAUACUCUUAAUGUAAAGAAUGGAUAAUUUAAGUCUAUGAUGACAACUCUAUCAAGCUAUAUUUAGAUCAAAAUAUAUUACGCGAAAACUAUAAUAGAGAGGGAAUUCUUCUUGAUGUUCUAACAUGUUAAAAUAAUCUGUUCCUUCUACUUUCCACAGGUGGAUAUUAAUUUUAUAAUCGAUAUUUUACAGAUCUGUUUUAGUUUGAAAAUAUAAAUUUGAAUGAAACUUUAUUUCAUUAUGAUUAAAAUUGCUAACUAAAAUUUGCAGUAAAAAGUCCGUCUAAAAAUUAUUUUACAUCAACAUUUCCUUUUCAUUUUAAUAACUUAAUUAUUAAUACAACAUCAUUUCCAAAAGCUAUUUUUAUAAUUUCAAAUCCAAUAAUUGCCCUUCUUCAUUAUGAUGAUUAAUUACUUUUUUAAGUAAAUUCGCUUUUAAAUCAAGUUGUUAAAAUCAAAAUUUAACGCCUAAUUUAACUUUCAAAUAACAAAAUAUAUAUUGGGAUAGAUGAAGCAAACCAAAUAACUUACUUUUAGAUUGUAUAUACAAAACCAUGCUUUCCAUAUUAAGGCGAUAAUUUAAACGCAACAAAAUAUUACCUUUAAUUUAUUUAUAAAAUGAAUCCAAAUUUUAAGGAAGAGAAAUAUUUUCAUUGUUAUAAACCCAUCAUCAUCGAAAAUGAAGAAUAAAAAAAGGAAUAUGCAACUCUAGUUAAUAUAGCAAGUAACAAUUAUUAUAUUGAAAGAAAAAAUUAUGAGGAAUCCUUUUUUUUUAAAUUGUCGACAUCUUCUACUUAAUCAAUUUAUCCUUAUAAAAUGAACUUUCGAUCUUAAUUAGAAGGAGAAACUAAGUUGUAGAUAAAAAAUAAUUAAAUAUAAUGUAGAUUCAACUAAUAUUUAAAGAAUUACAAAGGGAAAUUUAUUAUUAAAACUAAAAAUGAGGAUUUAUAUUCUAUAAUUGUUUAAGGUUCUAAAAAUUAAAUUAAAGAAUAUAAAUGUUAGGGUGCAUAAGAUCUUAUUUAUCUUAAUAUGUUUGCCUUAGAUGAAUAAAUAUUACAAAAAUUUUCAAAUUUUAAUAUAUUGAUAUUCUUAGAUUCGUAAAGAUAGUGCAUUUAUAGAAUUUAAUUAGAGGAAGAGCUUAAAACUGAUUUGAUUAGUAAGAUAAUGUGUUUUGAUUCAACAGUUGAAAAUAUUUAUGGUGUUAGUUCUUAAAUUAUCUUAAAAUUGAAGGAUAAAGGAGUAUUCUACAAUGUGUUUUCAUCAAUAGGUUAAAUACAAAUAGAAUAAAAUUAAUAUUUAAGUUAAUUAAAAGAUAAAAACCUUAAAGAUAUUUUUUAAAUAAAUCCAGACUUUUAUGGUGUUCUUUACGAAAAUUAGAUACAUCUAGUCUAUAAACAAGCAACUUUAUCAAUAUUACCGCUAUUAUACUUGGAUUCCUCAUUAAUUCUCAAACUAACUUAGUAUCAAGUUUAGCAUUAAUAGAUCUAAAAAAGAAUGAACUGCAAUUUUAUAUGGUUUAAUUGA